AUCAAACCCUGUAAUUGCCAACUAUCUCAGGGAUAAUCUCCUUUUAUAACCAGUGAAAAAUCAUUAGCUCUAGUGGAUGAUGCUUUGCAAUUUUUUAAUAUUUUGAUGUUUUGAGCUACGUGAAUUAAUUCUGUUUUGACCCGAAGCCUGAACCAUGGCGGCAAUUCAAAGCACAAGAUUUUGAUAUUUGGUCCUGUUUAUGAUUCUGUCCCUAAGUACCGUUCUGGUUCCUUCUCUGUAUCUAUAUAACAACCCUGUGUUUAGUGUUUUGGGUGUGCCAUUUGUUCCGUUGCUUUUCAGGCAAUCUGAGAAAAUGGAAAGUGGGUUUUAUCUGGCUUGUGGGAAUGGAUUGGAGAAUGUAAUGGGGGAAGGAGAGAUGAACGAUGAGGCGCCGUUUCCGUGUAUUCCACAGCCGCAAACACCGAAGGAACCGAUGGAGUUUCUGUCUCGAUCAUGGAGUCUCUCUGCUAUGGAAAUUUCUAAAGCUCUUGCUCAGAAGCAGAAGCACUUUCGUUUCGAUACAAAUUCAAGUUUAUUUCCAGAAACCUUCAUUUCCCCACAAAUCGCGGGGAAGGUUGUGAAUUCGAUCAAUGGGCGAAAAACAGGGGCGAUAGGAAAAUGGUUUCAUCACAACAAGGAGUUUAGCAACGGAGCAGUGAAGAAGAAAGAUAAGAUCCGAGCAGAAAACGCCAGGAUACACUCCGCUGUCUCAGUUGCCGGACUAGCUACCGGUCUGGCUGCGGUGGCUGCGGCAGGAAACUCCAGCGGUACAGGCUCGAAAAUGAGCAUGGCAUUAGCGUCGGCUACAGAGCUUUUAGCAUCUCAUUGUAUUGAGUUAGCUGAGUUUGCUGGGGCUGAUCACGAUCGUGUGGCUUCUGCUGUACAAUCGUCUGUUGACAUUCACAGUCCCGGUGAUCUGAUGACUCUCACAGCUGCAGCCGCUACAGCUUUGAGAGGAGAAGCAGCUUUGAAACCUAGAUUACCAAAAGAAGCAAGGAGGAAUGCAGCUAUAAGUCCUUAUGAGAGAAGCUUGACAGAAGCUCAAUGGUCUGCUGCUGCUGUGGCGGCUGCUUUUUAUUCUCAAAUCAAGGAACUGAAUCCUCCUUGUGAAGGUGAACUUUUACAGCAAACACAGAAAGGAAUACUGCGAUGGAAACGCGUCUCUGUUUACAUUGACAAGAAAUCACAGGUCAUAGUUAAGCUGAAAAGCAAGCAUGUAGGAGGAGCUUUCUCCAAGAAGAAGAAAAGUAUUGUUUAUGGAGUUUGUGAUGAGACUAAGGCAUGGCCAUACAGAAAAGAAAGGGAAAAUUCUGAUGAACUAUACUUUGGGCUCAAGACCGCAGAAGGUCUUCUAGAAUUCAAGUGCAAGAGCAAGAUUCAUAAGCAGAGAUGGGUUGAUGGGAUUCAAAACCUUCUGCAUCAAGUUAGCUACUCUGAAACUACUGAGUUUUCUCUUGAAUCUUUGAAUAUCCACGAUGGUAUAUAGUAUAUGAACUGUAGCAGGCAUGCAGUUUACAGCAGAGGUAAGCUUCUACGUUUUUAUUUUUAUUUUUUCUUUUUUUCUCUUUUUCUUUAGUUGUUGUGAGAUGAUGUACAUAAAGAAACUGAAACUGUUUUUUGCAUAAGUUGGGGCACAGAAUAUAUGGAGUGAAUAUAUUUUGAAAGUAUUA